AUGGGUGUGUUGAAGAUUAAAGGUCCUGAAAUCGUUGUACCUUCAGAAGGCUGGUUGUACUACAAUUCAGUCCAAGCAGAUAGAAUCAAUAAAGCAAUUGACGAUAUAAUGGAUACAGAUCAGUCUAGGAGGCUAUUCAGCUUUCCCUUCAAGUUCCCCAACUCAGCUAAUGUACGUAAGGCUGCUGUUUACUUAUCAGGUAUACUAUAUGCACUUGGAUUCUGGUUGUUUCUAGAUGCUGUUAUCUAUUCAAAACAUGCCAAUGGAUCGAGUGUCCAUGUUACAUUUGUAGAUUGGAUUCCAUUCAUCUGUAGUACAUUGGGAACAUUGACUGUUAACUCAAUUGAAAAGAACAGAUUGCUUCAGGGGGCCAUGUCAAGUGACAGUGGUAUAACCUCAUUUGGAGGUGACUUAGACUCAACAAUGGCAUGGCAGGCACGUAGCGUUUUAUUCUUUGGGUUAGCACUUUUAGCAGGUGGUCUUUCAGGCUCAGUUGUCGUACUGAUAAUUAAGUUUUUGGUUAAAGAUUUCAACACUUAUCCAACCGUUGGAAUGGGGGUUAAUAACGUUUUGGGCAAUUUUAGCAUUUUAUUGAGUUGUAUCGUUCUUUGGAUUGCUCAGAAUAUGGAGGAUGAAUACUCUUACUCUCUAACUCUUUAG